AUGGUCGAUGCCGAUGUUGGUGACGACUUCGGCAAAGAAACAACGAAAUAUUUGAACACGAUUCGGAGAGAAAAGGGUGUCUUGAUUUGUGUUUGCACAGCUCAUUAUGCGGAGAAGACCGAAUCACCCUUCUGCUCAUUUAAAGAGUUACAGUACGCCCAAGACUACAGCUUGGAUGUUCUCCCGCUGAAAGUGGCAGACGUCUACCCCCCGCAACCGCCUGGCGGUCCAGAUCAUGAGCACGACAAGGAGUACGAAGCAGAGGCCGUGAUCAGUAAUGUCUUCAGACCCAACCUCGCCAGAAAGGACUGCCGCGACCUAGACGAGACGCAGAUUGCACGGCUGAUCGCAGACAAGUUGCUAAAGAAGAAGCGAGGCGCUGGACAUGGACGAGAAGAAGGUCGCAUUCGGCGCUGA